AUGUUGCCGUAUUGCAGCCGGCGGCUACUGAAGUCCUUCAAACUUGUUCUGGUGCUGACUAUCUUUGUCUCGUCUGUACUCGUUUACAAGGUCUCAUUCCGGCCUGAUAUUGCCGUUCAGCGCUACCCUCCUCAACGUUUAUCUCAUUAUGAAUGCCCUUGUAACACAUCUGUACAUAGUCAAGCUGGAAACUCACCAUAUGCUAACCAAAAUCUAACGGAAAAUCGUGCACUAUUGCUCUUGGAGAGCGCCUACUCACGCCAUGGUCGUCAGCUUCAGCAGAUUCUCAGCGCUUCGAAAUUCCCAUUUAAAGCGGAGACAUUCGCGAAGAAUCUGCCUUUGCUCACCACAGCCACACAUGGUCGUUAUUCUAUUAUCAUAAUUGAAAAUUACUACAAAUAUCUUAACAUGGCGAAAUGGAAUCGUCAACUAUUGGACAAGUAUUGCGCGGAUUAUAACGUUCCAUUGAUUUCCUUUCUGCCGACGAAGCCAAAUAGCACAUACCAAAAGGUGAAGAUCAAAGGCUCUCAGCUGCACUUUUGGCAAAAUCAGGAAGUUGUGUCAUUGAAAGUGGUGGAAUCAGAUAUUCAUCGAAUCUCUAGAAUUGGCGCAGAGAGAACAGAUAUCAACACUCCGGAAUGGGUCCUCUUCGAGGAGUCAUCGUCUUAUACCACCGUGCUCGCAGCAAGGGAUGCUCUCGGUAGACCUAGAGCGGCUGUGAUUCACGAUACUGGAAAAGUGGAUAAUGUUCAACGAGUUCUUUUCGGUCACAACCUUACUGAUUGGACAAUAAAGAUGACAUUUCUUGACGUUUUGUGGUAUACAACAGGAGGGCAUAUUGGGUGGAGUAUGGACCGUUACGUACAGAUCGAUAUCGACGACAUAUUCGUCGGAGCUCGUGGGACACGCAUGAUAGAGAGUGAUGUAAGGGCAUUGCUCGACAGCCAGGAACAUCUUCGUAAGUACAUUUCGAACUUCACUUAUAUGCUUGGAUUUUCUGGUAGUUAUUUUCGUAACGGAGAUGAUAACGAGGACCGUGGUGAUGAAUUGCUUGUUGAGUUGGCGCAGAAUUUUAUUUGGUUUCCUCACAUGUGGCGCCACAAUCAUGCUCACGAGCAUAAUCUGACGUACUUGGAAGCAACUAUGACUCAAAAUUUGAUGUUCGCUCAGAAUAUGCGUCUUCCAGUGAAAUACCCUUAUGCUAUAGCACCGCAACACGAUGGUGUGUACCCUGUACACUUAGAACUCUACAAAGCCUGGAAGCGGAUAUGGAAGUUAGAGGUUACAGCUACCGAGGAGUACCCUCACUUCAAACCUGCUUUGGGUAGACAAGGAUUUAUCCACAUGAAUAUCUCGGUUCUCCCACGUCAAACCUGCGGUCUUUACACACAUACUCAGUUUUUCCACAAUUAUCCAGGCGGCUUCUCAAAGCUUACGAGUUUGAUUUAUGGUGGAGAGCUUUUCUUCACGAUACUUAUGAAUCCGAUAUCAAUAUUUAUGACACAUCAACAGAACUUUGCGCAUGAUCGAUUAGCAUUGUUCACGUUCGAUAAUCUCGCACGCUUUGUCAGCUGCUGGACAAAUAUUCAGCUGCGUUGGCAGAGCCCAAUUGAGUCUGCACGGAUGUAUUUCUCUUUAAUGCCUCAGGAAACUGUACCUAUAUGGAGUAAUCCUUGUGAAGACCCACGACACAAAGCUAUUUUACCACCAUCGUUGAACUGUUCAAACUUUACGCUUCCGACAACUCUCAUUGUCGGUCCUCAGAAAACCGGCACUACGGCUCUUGCAACGUUUUUGUCAAUGCAUCCCAACGUAUCAACAAAUGAGCCGAUUCCGGAGUCUUUCGAAGAGCUCCAGUUUUUUGGUGGUGCGAAUUAUCACAAAGGAAUAGAAUGGUAUUCGAAGAGGUUCAACACUGCUCACGUCGUAUUUGAUAAGAGUGCAACAUAUUUUGAUAAUCCUUCCGCUGCAAAGCAAGCGUUUGCUCUUAUUCCUAAUGCAAAAAUUGUUGUCAUUUUAUAUGAUCCCGCAAGAAGGAGCUUACUCGUGGUAUCAACAUAUGUUGGCUCACAAUGA